GUAGCUUUUGGCUUUGCGCCUUUAUUUUAUUACCUUUGACGUUUUGUCUAAAAAGUAGUUUUCAUAUGUUUGUUAGGUAUCGGUAUAUUGUAUUGUGCCAUGAGUAGCGACGAACAGACUUUUGUUUUCAGUUUUGUUUUAUAACUUUUUUUUUUUUGCUUUUUUGACAGAGAAAUCAAGACUAAAAAAUUAAUAUUAAAAGCCUUAUAAUGCAAAGUCAAACACAAAAUAAUUCGGCAGGCGAACCAUCGUCGCCUCCACCGGCGCCUCCGGCAGGACCUGCAACAAGAAAUCAGUUACGUCCCGUCAAGUAUGAUUAUGCAGAUUCAUUUGCUUGUACUUAUGUAGUAUCCGUUGUUGCUGCUUCCGUAGCAGAACUAACUACUUAUCCACUGGAUCUCACCAAAACUCGUUUACAAAUACAAGGCGAAGCAGCUGCUAACAGCUUAAAAACCGACCUAGGCGUUAAACAAAAGUAUCGUGGCAUGUUGGCGACCGCGUUCGGCAUUGUCAGAGAAGAGGGCACAAUGAAGUUGUGGCAAGGUGUCACGCCAGCUCUUUAUCGCCACGUCGUUUACAGUGGUGUGCGUAUAUGCAGCUAUGACUUUCUGCGUCGUAAAUUGGGUAACGAUGAAAACGGCAUAAUUACGUUGCCGCUGUGGAAGUCGGCGCUUUGUGGUGUAUCGGCAGGUGCAGUUGCACAAUGGUUAGCUUCACCAGCCGACUUAGUUAAGGUACAAAUUCAAAUGGAAGGCAAACGUCGUUUGAUGGGCGAACCGGCACGUGUCCAUGGCGCAGCACACGCUUUCAAAGAAAUUGUUCGCCGCGGUGGUGUAGCUGGUUUGUGGAAAGGCAGCGUUCCGAAUGUACAGCGUGCGGCACUUGUGAAUCUUGGAGAUCUCACAACAUAUGACACUAUCAAGCAUAUGAUUAUGAUCAAAUUGAAUAUGCCCGAUUGUCAUACCGUGCAUGUACUUUCCUCCAUAUGUGCUGGAUUUGUAGCUGCCAUUAUGGGCACGCCGGCAGAUGUGGUGAAGACACGUAUAAUGAAUCAGCCGACAGAUGAUAAGGGCAGGGGUCUACUCUAUAAAGGCUCCAUCGAUUGUCUGCGUCAGACAGUGAAUAAGGAAGGUUUCGCUGCACUGUAUAAAGGCUUCUUACCUUGCUGGAUACGUAUGGCACCAUGGUCAUUAACUUUCUGGCUGUCAUUUGAACAAAUCCGUAGCAUGAUCGGUGCUUCUGGUUAUUAGUUUCUUUUGUGGAACCUUAGUGUACUCAUAUAAAGUGUUUUAUAGGCGUCGCCGCUGUUGUUGCAAGCUUACAUGAGUUUCUCAAGUGAUCGGAAUAUUAGAACGUUCUUACAAAGUUCAAUACGUUUUCAAAACAUACAAUACAUAAGUACGAAAAAAAUAUUUUUGAUUUAUUUCACAUUGAAUAUUCUGUAUUAUACGACUGCUAACAAUAUUACAUCUAUUUUGUCUUAUAUGCAUGCUAUCAACUGGAAAAUUAUAUUUUUAAAGAAAAAAAACCGUGAAAAAAUCAUUGCAAAUGAUGGUCAGGAGUAGCGAGUAGCGUCAGAUAAACCCGGUCAGGCAGCGGAAGUGAUUAAUUUAAAGCAAUUACCACGUCAGCCGGUUCUACGUACCGGAAUUGAGUCGGAUUUCAUCCGACCAAGGGCUGUUUUUUCGACUAUCUAAAAAAAAAAAAACUAAUUUAACGCAUAUUUUUACGGUUUAUGCGGAUCUAUUAUUGUGCGCGUAUCGGUAAAAAUGCGUUUCAUUAUACAUAUGUAUGUAUUAAUGUCGUAAGAAAUUGGAAUAUUUAUUAUACUACUACUAAACAUACAUACAUACACACUUAAAUAUAGAAGAUUGUAAUAAAUUAUGCGAAGCCGUAUAUGCUGCGCUGCAGAAUAUCUUUAAGUAAUUAAGGUGACAAUAUAAUAUUGCAUAAUGUAAAUAAAGAAUAAAUAAGUUUUUUACAUAUAUACUAAUACUAAA